CGCGCUACUACGUUUAUUUUGAUGAUUUUGACUCGAAAGGUUUGUUUUUUUACUCUUUUAAAGUCAUUUAAUGUGCAAACCAGAAACGAAGCAGUUCAAAACAAUUGAUACGCGCUUCGAAUCACCGGUUCGAAACGGAGUACGUUAUUUGCAAACGGUUCUAAAUCUUCACGAAGCGUGUUUCGAACGCGCCCAUCACUAACUUUAACUGUAAAACGAAUUGGUUGUUAUUGAAUGCUUUGUCUACAGUGAAUGAACGUAACAGAAAGCUUGCGUCUCAUUUCACUUCAUGUGUUUUUAAUCAGUUUGUCGUAAAUAUUAAUUCAGUCACUGAAGUAGUGAUGAAGAAGGCGUUUUAAAACUCAACUGAAUAAAUGGAUUGACAAAACUUGGACGACAACUGCAACGAGAACUCAAAAACAUCCGGAGUGUCAAAACACAGAAAAAGUGAUGGUGAAGCAACUGAGAUUCAUGUGAUAAAGAUAUUAUCAAGAUGGCGUUUAUUAAAGAGGAGAGUGAAGAAAUGAAGAUUGAAGAAACAUUCAGUGUGAAACAAGAAGAUACUGAGAACAAACAGACCUGAUGAGACUGAAAAAGAAGAGCCAAGAAGUGAAUGAAAUGGAAGAGAAAAAUCAGUUUAAGAAUCAUCAUGAUUUCAUGACUGAAGAAAAAUUCACACAGACUAAAAAGACAUCCUCACAAAAAACUUCUCAGAAGACCAAAUCUAACCGUGAUUACACAUGCCCUCAGUGUGGAAAGAGUUUUGGUCAAAAACAAAACCUUAAAGCCCACUUGAGAAUUCACACUGGAGAAAAGCCUUUCACUUGCCAGCAGUGUGGAAAGAGUUUCACUCAGAAAUGGAGCCUUAAAGUCCACAUGAGGAUUCACACUGGAGAGAGCCUUUUCACCUGCCAACAAUGUGGUGAAAGUUUCACUCAGAAAGGACACCUUAAUGUCCACAUGAGAAUUCACAAUGGAGAGAGUCCAUUCACCUGCCAACAGUGUGGAAAGAGCUUCACUCAGAAAAGGAGCCUUAAAGACCACAUGGGGGUUCACACUGGAGAGAGCCUUUUUCACCUGCCAACAGUGUGGAAACAAGUUCACUCGAAAAGCAGCCCUUAAAAAGCACAUGAAUAUCCACACUGGAGAGAAGCCUUACACGUGCCAACAAUGUGGAAAGAGCUUCACAACAAAGCUAAACUUUAAGUAUCAUAUGAAC